AUGUCCGGGUUUGACAGCUUCAACACAGACUUCUUCCAGACGAGCUACAGUAUCGAUGACCAGGCGCAGCCCUACGACUACAGCGGCCGGCCGUAUGGCAAGCACUAUGGAGGCUACGAGUACUCGCAGCAGAGCGGGUUUGUGCCCCCGGACAUGGUGCAGCAGCAGCAGCCCUACACGGGGCAGAUCUACCAGCCCACGCAGACGUACACUCCGACCUCAGCACAGUCUUUUUAUGGAAGUAAUUUCGAGGAUGAGCCUCCUCUGUUAGAAGAACUGGGGAUCAACUUUGACCACAUCUGGCAGAAGACACUAACAGUGCUCCACCCGUUGAAAGUGGCAGAUGGCAGCAUCAUGAAUGAGACUGACUUGGCAGGACCCAUGGUCUUCUGUCUAGCUUUUGGAGCCACGUUGUUACUGGCAGGCAAAAUCCAGUUUGGGUACGUGUAUGGAAUCAGUGCCAUCGGCUGUUUGGGGAUGUUUUGUCUCCUGAACUUGAUGAGCAUGACGGGCGUCUCCUUCGGCUGCGUCGCCAGUGUCCUUGGAUACUGUCUCCUUCCCAUGAUCCUGCUCUCCACUUUCGCGAUUGUAUUUUCGUUGCAGGGAAUGAUGGGGAUUAUUCUCACAGCUGGAAUCAUUGGCUGGUGCAGCUUUUCUGCUUCCAAAAUCUUUAUUUCUGCCUUAGCAAUGGAAGGACAACAACUUCUAGUAGCAUACCCCUGUGCUUUGUUGUACGGAGUCUUUGCUCUCAUUUCUGUGUUCUGAAUGGACUGUCCAGAGGGUUGGACUCCUGUGGGCCAAACUGAGAACAGCGACUUGGAACAUUUGGUUGGACCAGAACCGGCUGCAGAUAACUCUAUGGUGUGGCUAUCACAAAACUUAAACCUGUUUUGAAUCAUCUGGAACAAUGAAAACAAUGUCUCAUGUACACUUUUUUAGGACUUUGAGUACUGUUUUCAAUUGACCUGAGGUGUCUAUAGCUUUAAUAAGUGUCCAGGCUUGUCACACUCGUGUAACCUCUUUCCCAUUCCUGUAUCUUUAGAAAAGUACCUUUUGGUUGUUUAUUUGAA